AUGCGUGGCGCGGUCGCUCGGAAGGGGAACCAGCCGGGACCCCGCGCGCGCGCGCACGCUGUCGCCUCCGCAGGGCGGGGCGGGGCUGUAAGGUGGGCGGGACCUUGCAGGCUGAUCGCGGGAGAAGGCGGACAGCUGGGUGGAGCCGACGGGGCGUCAGCAGCAGCCCGCAAGGUCCUGGUCCUGCUGGGCUGCGCCGCUGUGGAGCGGCAUUGGAGGUCUGGACAGAGGAGGAGCUCUGGCUGCUUCUGGUCGCUGUCCCAGCAGCUGCCCCAACUCUGUUUCCUCUGGGUUGCAGCCAGUCCAAAGACUUCUGACGAGGAAAGAGUGCUUGUUCUCCUUGUUACUGUUAGGAUGGGAGAUGGAGUCUCAUUCUGUCACCCAGACUGGAGUGCAAUGGCGCAAACUCAGCUCUCUGCCUCCCGGGUUCAAGCUAUUCUCCUGCUUCAGCUUUCCAUGUAUCUGGGAUUACAUGUGCCUGCCACCACAUUCGACUAAUUUUUGUAUUGUUUUAGUAGAGAUGGGUUUUCAUCAUGUUGGUCAGGCUGGUCUCAAGUUCCUGACCUCAAGUGAUUUACCUGCCUUGGCCUCCCAGAGUGCUGGGAUUACAGGCAUGAGCCACAGUGCCUGACCAUAAAAUGUUAACUUUGAAAACACUGCAAGACCGUGGAUUCAGGAAGCCUCGUUGGAAAUAAUCAUCCUAUAUACCCAUUUACAGAUGAGGAAACUAGGGCAAAGCAAUGCUAAGUUACUCACUCAAGGUUUGAUCAGUAAAAAGUGUCAAAUCCAAGCUAUUACCAAUGUGUUCUGACUUUAAAUCUAGGGUUAUUCCCUGUGGUACCAUGCUUUCAAAACAUGAUCGUUUCAAAACAUGAGUUGUACUCGGGUGAUUAUAAAGCAGUUAGCUGGGUGUGGUGGGGACUGGCUGUAGUCUCAGUUACUCUGGAGCCUGAGGUGGGAGGAUCACUGGAGCCCAGGAGUUCAAGGCUGCAGUGAGCUAUCAUAGUGCCACUGCACUGCAGCCUGUCUCAAAAAAUAAAAAUAAACAAAGAAGGAGAUGUGGACUCCAUCCCACUCCUCACCCCAUCUGUUGAUCUAGAGUCUAAUGACCAUCUAACUUAAUAAAAUCAGUGCCAGAGUAAAUGAGCAGUCCACAGAGUUGGGUUUCACAGACAUUUCUUUCUGAUCCCAUGGACUAAAUUGGCCUCUUUUCCUCCUGGAUUGGCAAUGGCACUCCUCUCAGGCAUUCAGAGGCAAGCAAUGAGGCCUUAAAGGAGCAAGUUGGUCUUGAAAAAAGCUGUUCUUCCUGACCUGUCAACUGGCAAAAUUCAUACUAGUUUUCAUAGACUGUAUGCUAAUUUAGUGAGUACUGACUGUGACAAAUCAUUGCACUAUGUUAGACAUUUUAUCUUGUUUUGUUUUAUCCCUACAAUAACUCACUGAAACAUGUAGCAUUCUUAUCAUGUCAUUUUACAGAUGAAGAAACACCUUAAGGGAGGUUAAGUAAUUUGCUCAAGAUCAUGAGAUAACAAGAAUUGGAUGCAGAAUUUGAUCCCAUGGAGGAAGACUCCAGAGCCCAGGCUAUUAUUCUUUUGCCUUUGAACAUAAAAAUAGUUGAGGCCAUUCUGUGCUGAACUCCCACCUUGGCGCCUUUCAUCAUCAAGCCCCAGCAGUUAAGAUCUCUUCAGAGGCUCCACGUGAUUUCAGCCUAAUAGGGUAACAAAACAAAUAUCGGAAGUGAAACAUCCAUUUUGAAUCUAAAAAACAGUCUCUGAGAUUUAAAGUGUUCAUGAAUUAGAAGACUGAAUUUUUUUUUGCCAUUUCUUCCCAAAUUGGUCUAUAGAUUCAGCACAAUCCCAAUCAAAAUUCUAUCAGACUUCUUUGUAUAUAUAGAAAAGCUGAUUCUAAAAUUGACUGUGAUUUUUAGUCAUCAAAAUGAUUUUUUAAACAUUGGAGGAUUCACAUAACCUGAUUUCUACACUUAAUCUAAAGCUACAGUAACAAAGAGGAUGUAGAAUUGGUGAAAAAAUAGGCAUGUAAAUAAAUGAAACAAAAUGGCAAAUCCAGAAAGACUCACAAGUAGAUGGUCAACUGACUUUUUGUUUGUUUGUUUGUUUUUGAGACGGAGGUUCACUCUUAUUGCCCAAGUUGGAAUGCAAUAGCACAAUCUUGGCUCACUGCAACCUCCACCUCCUGAGUUCAAGUGAUUCUCCUGCCUCAGCCUCCCAAGUAGCUGGGAUUACAGGCAUGCACCACCAUGCCUGGCUAACUUUUAUAUUUUUAGUAGCGACGGGGUUUCUCCAUGUUGGUCAGGCUGGUCUCAAACUCCUGACCUCAAGUGAUCCACCCACCUCAGCCUCCCAAAGUUCUGGGAUUAUAGGCAUGAGCCACCUCACCCAGCUGAUGGUCAAAUGACUUUGACAAAAGACCAAAAGCAUUCAGUGGACAAAGAAUACUCUUUUCAACAAAUGAAGCUGAAACAGUUGGACAUUCAUAAGCAUAAAAAAUAAACCUUAAUCCACAUCCUGCAAGCUAUACAAACAUCAAAUUAAAAUUUAUCACAGGGCUGGGCAUGGUGGCUCAUGCCUAUAAUCCCAGGACUUUGGGAGGCAAAGAAUAGUGGAUCACUUGAGGUCAGCAGUUUAAGACCAGCCUGGCCAACACGUAAAACCCCAUCUCUACCAGAAAUACAAAAAUUAGCCAGGUGUAGGGGCACACACCUAUAAUACCAGCUACUCAAGAGGCUAAGGCAGGAGAAUUGCUCGAAUCCGGGAGGCAGAGGUUGUAGUGAGCCGAGAUUGCACUGCUACACUCCAGCCUAGGUGACAGAGCAAGACUUCAUCUUAAAAAAAUAAAAAAUAAAAAUAAAAUAAAAUGGAUCAUAGACCAUUUAAAUAAAAUCAUAGACCAUACAGUAAAAUAUAAAACUAUAAGGUUUUUGGAAGAAGAAAACAUAGAAGAAAAUUAUUAUGACCUUGGGUUACACAAAGAUUUUUUAGAUAGGACACACACAAAAAUAUGAGCCACAACAGAAAUAAAAUCUAUAAAUUGGAUUUAUUAAAAAAUUUUUUUAACUUUCACUCUUUGAAAAACACUAUUAGGAAAUUAAAAGACGAUGACCUACUGGGUACAAUAACUACAAAUCACAUAUCCAGAAUUA